ACAAACAUAACCUUCAGGCAGGAUUACCACAUAACCUCAUUUAAAGCUCAUUUAAAUGGAGAGAAUACUUUCAUCUAGCUUACGAAUUGCAAACCGGCUUUUACAGGAUAACAGCAUUACUGCAACGGAAUUAACAGAAGCUUGUUUAAAACGUGCAAAACAAACAACAAAAUACAAUGCAUUCAUAACGCUUACAAGGAACGAGGCAAAAAACCUUUCUGAAGCGUCGACGCAACGCUACAGGGAACAAAAACCUUUAUCGGAAAUGGAUGGAAUUACGAUUGCGAUGAAAGAUAACUUUUGUACAAAAAAUAUUAAAACUACAUGCGCGUCGAAAAUGUUGGAGAAUUUUACCCCUACUUACAGUGCAACCGUGUACGAUAGAUUAAUUGGAGCUGGCGCUGUUAUGAUCGGCAAGUGUAAUUUGGAUCAGUUUGCGAUGGGAUCUGGAACUAUCGAUUCGAUAUACGGCCCUACGAAGAAUGUGUGGGGUUUUGAGGAUGAAGAUUUUUACAUAGCUGGUGGAAGUAGUGGUGGAUGUGCAAUUGCUGUUUCAACCGGCGCUUGCUUUGCAGCAAUUGGUUCGGAUACCGGUGGUUCAACAAGGAAUCCUGCCUCGUAUUGUGGGUUGGUAGGUUUAAAACCAACAUAUGGGCUGGUCUCACGUUUGGGUUUAAUACCUCUUGUUAAUUCUAUGGAUGUACCCGGUAUUUUAACCAGGUAUGUGGAUGACUGCGUUACCGUGUUAAAUGUUAUCGCAGGACACGAUCCAAAAGACUCCACUACUUUAACGAAACCGUACAGGAAGAUAUCUUUACCUUCAGCUAACAAACUGGGGGUUAAGGGAUUGAGAGUAGGUCUUCCUGUCGAAUAUUACUCUUCAAAUUUGGAUGAAGAAGUUCUGGAGGUUUGGGAGGAGAUGGCGCAACUUCUUGAAGAUCAUGGAGCCGAUGUAAGAGAGAUAUCAAUGCCCAACACUGAACACAGUAUUGUUUGUUACUCAAUUUUAAAUCAGUGUGAAGUCGCCAGUAAUAUGGCAAGGUAUGAUGGUAUAGAAUUUGGUUUUCGGGCAGACAUAAAUACGUCCACUGAGCAGUUAUACGCGACAUCGAGAAGUUUAGGAUUCAAUGAUAUCGUUCGGAAUAGAAUUUUAACUGGAAAUUAUUUCUUAUUAAAUAGGAAUUACGAGGCCUACUUUAAUCAAGCUUUGAAGGUACGCAGGCUGAUACUGAAUGACUUCGAUAAAGCAUGGGAAGACGUUCAAGUACUUUUAACUCCAACAACAUUGACAACUGCACCCAAAUACAAAGAGUUUAAAAAUAAAACAAAUAGGGAUCAGUGUGCCUUUCAGGAUUAUUGCACGCAACCAGCUAAUAUGGCAGGUGUACCUGCAGUUUCGAUACCAAUUAAACUAAGUGGAAGCGGAAUGCCUCUCAGCAUACAAAUAAUGGGGAGAAAUUUGAGUGAACCAAUGAUAUUAGCCUUAGCGAAGUUUAUAGAAAGUAAAGUCAAGUUCGUACAGAAUUCGCCACUUAGUUAAUAGAGAUUGUAGAUACAUGAAACUUAAAUCUAAAU